AUUUUUCAAAGUUGAUCAUUUUAUAUAUGUAUGGAUAUGCCCGUCUCCAUUUCCCAGAUAAUCCCCAAUUCAGUUUCUUCAUCUGUUUUUAACUUGCAGUCUUUAUCUAUUUCUUUUAGAAAUCCAUAUUGUUUUAAGAUAUGGAAACACUAUCACCAGCCACAAUCUUACAGUUCUCAUUAACUGUCUGUGUUGAGUACAUCUUGUGCCACAGAGUUUUGGCCUGGCUCAUCAAACUUCCUCAGUUGGACUCAAGUUUCCAAUUCCCCCUCAGAUCACUACUUGACUUUAUAUCUGGUAAAUCAAAGAUUUGUUCAAAGAUAAAAUAUCAGAGUCGUGAAUCAACACCAAGCCAGAAGUCCAAUGCCAAGGGAGAUGAUGGGAGACUGUGCAGAAGAGAUGUGGAGGAGGUUAUCAACAAGCUUGGGCUGUUGUAUAACCCGCAUGGCGAUAAGAUUCAGGACGGGCUGAGUUCGGAUGAGGUUUCAAAAGUUUUUGAGGAUAAGGAGCCAAGCUUGGAGGAAGUCAAGGAUGCUUUCGAUGUGUUUGAUAAUAACAGAGAUGGGUUCAUAGAUGCAAAGGAGUUGCAGAGAGUUCUCUGUUCUCUGGGUUUCCAGGAAGGAUACGACGUGGAGCAAUGCAAAAGGAUGAUUAAAACCUUUGAUGUCAACAGAGAUGGACUGAUAGAUUUCAGUGAAUUUUUGAAAUUGAUGGAAAGCGGCUUCUGCUGAAUUAAACACUUUUGAACACACUUCCAUUUAAUUUGACUUAUAACAGAAUUUUCUUUUCUUCUCUUUUUAGUUUUGUUUUUCCAUGUCUAUAUAUAACCUUUUGGUGUUUCGAUUUGAAUUAAAUUUGGGUGCUCCCAUCAGCACAGAGUUAGUUCCUCAGCA